UGCGAAGUCGAGUGAGAAGAAGAAGCAGGGUAGAGCGAGGAAUAAGGAUGAACUAGAAUCUACAGUGAAAGAACAGGUUAAAGCAAAGGAUGAUACGAAAGAAAGCAAGGAAGAGAAAGAUUCGGAGAAGAAGAAUACCAAGGAUAACGUUAGAGCUGCUAAAGAAACGAAAGCUGAAGUUCGAAAGGACGAGUCAAAAGACUCUGCUAGUGAAACGAGAAAGGUUGAAGCGAAGGAAGAGAAACCUCAGAAGGAAUCUGCUUCGAAGAAGAAACAGAGAGGCAAAGAACAACCUGGCGCAGCGAAAGACAAGCCCAAUCGAGACAAUACUAAACCUACGAAGACUGAAACUGACACAGAGCAAUUCCAAAAAUGUAGAAAACGUGGAACCAGUGAAGAAACAGGAAGACGCGAAGUCUGCGAAGCCUGCGAAAGCAGAUAAAGCUGAAUCGAAGGACAAAGCACGAGCUGAGUCGAAGGAGAAGGCUGAAGUUAAGGCUGAUGAACCAGUGAAGCCUAAAGAACAGGAGAAAUCGAAGAAAGGUAAAAAGCAGAAACAGGUGAACGAGCAAGAGUCUUCGAAGGAUCAGAUGGCUAAGAAAUCGGGCCAACAGAAGGAACAGGAGAAGAAAGACGUGAGGAAAGCAAAGGAAGAAGAGAGAAAGGUGGAGCAAUCGAGAGAGAAAGAAAUUGCAAAACCUGAGGAGAAGUUAGAGGUGAAGAAAGAUGCGAAACCGAUUGAAAAGGAAGAAAUUGAAGCUGAGGUUGAAGUAAAAGCAGCGAAAGAUGAUAAAGAUAAGAGGGUGAACGUGAAAGAGAAGAAAAGGAAGGACGAAGUGAAAGAUCAAAGGAAACAGGAAGUAGAGGCGAAGAUAGACAUUGAGGAAGAACAGAAGGCUGUAAUCAGCGAACUUGAACGCGCAAUAGAGUCUGCGAUGGUGGUUACUGAAGCUGAGAAAUCAGUUGAAAUUGACGAGAUCGUGAAAUCGGAAAUAAUUACGCAGGAAAGUACGGUGAAAGAGGAGAAAAUGGAAGAGAAACCUUCUGAGAAGAAAGUCGAUAUCAAAGACUCGAAGAAAGAUUCUGUGCCAAAGGAAGAAAUAAAGAAAGAAGCUGAGCCAGAGAAACAGGCUAAAGCGAAAGGUGGAAAGAAAUCUAAGAAAGAACCUGAAGUCAGUCAGAAAUUAACACCUGAAACGAAAGAUGUUCCUGAGAAAGAAGAAAAGAUUGUCGAAGAAAAACCUGUUAAAGACGAGAAAAUUGUUGCAGAGGAAUCGAAGAAAGAAAUUUUGAAACCUGAAGAACCUGCGAUGCCUGCUAAAGGACAGUCAGAUAAGAGAAAGGGUAAGAAAUCUAAAUCUCCUGUAACAGCAAAGAAAGAAGAAAGUUCCAAAUCUGUAUCACCCAUAGAAGAGAAAAAGAAACCAGAGAUAAAAGAAGAAAUACAAGAGUUAACACCGAAAUUAGAUAAAGAUAGUGAUAAAAUCGAUGAGAGUAAACAAAUAUCUGUAACAGAAGAGAAGAAAGAAAUAACCACUGAAGUUAAAGAGGAAAUUGGUACAAUUCAAACUGAAGAAAAGGAAGAUAAGAAUGUUCUUAAUAUUCCACUCGAAACUAAUGCUCAACCUGGUGCAGAAAUGACUUCUCCCGACGACAAAACCGCAGAAAUUGUCAAUACCCUAAUCGAACUUGUCAAAGAAGAAGCUUUACAGCAAUCAAAAGCACGCGAAAGUGUCGAAGUCUCUGACAAAGAAAGGAAAGAAGAAACUCUUCUUCCCGAAGCUCCAAAAGCAAAACCUAAACUCGAUGAACCAGAAUCUCCAGGAGCACCAUCGAACCCUAAAAAAGCAGGCAAACCAAAGGAAAAAAUCCCAACUCCUGCAGUUGAACAAAAAGAAGAGCCCAAAACCAGUCAAUCAGGUACACCAAAGGCUGACAAAAAGAAGAAGAAGAAGCAGGAGAUGAAAGACAAGAUUACCCUCGAAUUACAGCAACUGGAACAAAACACAAUUCCCAAAAAUCCCGACACAGACACGAAGGCAGUCAAAGACACCGCUGUAACCGAAAUUAGCAAAGUUCCGCUAGAAAAACUAACCGAAGAAGUACCGACACCGUUAAAACCUGAGACUCCAACAGCUGAAGCUAAAGACAGUUCUCCCGAGAAAACACCUGAAGAAUUCCCUGUUGCGAAAUUGUCAGACGAGACAAAAUCUGAAUCGCAUGAUUCGAUCGAGAAACCAUUGGUAAAAGAAGAGACCGUUUUAGACAGAAGUUUCUCGGUCGAGGACAAUUCCUCGUCGACGACAGGCAAAGCGUUGAUCAUCGAGAAAACGGUAACCACGGUGACAACUACGACCAGCAUGCCCGGGUCUAUGGAAGUGAAACCGCCGAACGUGAAAUCCGUGAAAUCCGUAGAGAUCUUAGAAAGCAUCCCCUUACCCAAGAUCGUAGGCUCCAAACCCACUGAACUAAUCACCCUGCGUCCCGAAACAGUAGAAGCUAGCCUAACCACCAGAUAUGCUAGGGUAUCGGAUGAUUCAGCUGUUGGUAUCCCCUCGAAAGCGUCAUUGGUAGAGAAGUUAGCCUCGGACACAGGGCUGUCGAGUUCUGAUUACGCGGUAUAUAUCGACAGUCUCGGCGAAGACGGUCAGCCAGUUCUGUUUGGUAGCGUUCAGGAUAGGCGGAGAGGUCGUUCUGGGACUCCAUUGUCGGCUAUGUCUGUAGGAAACGCGAAGAAUGACGAACGCGAGAUUCGUGUGAUAGAGAAGGAACGGGACGCGAUCGUUUCGAUGGGGAAAUCGAGGGGAGAUGACGAGUGUAAGAUUGAGGAGGGUAGGGUGAAGGAUGAAGGGGAGGCUGAGGUUCUUGGAAAAGAAGAAAUCGGGAAGGUAGUUGUGGAGAGUGAUGGUAAUGUUGAGGAGGUAAAGAAAGAUGAAGUUGUGGAGGAGAAGGCUUCUGGUGUUAAGGAAGUUUCGGAAGAGAUGAAGAAAAUGGAAGAAAUUGCGGUAAUUGUAGAGAGUAAAGGUAAUGUUGUGGAGGUAAAGAAAGAUGAAAUUAGAGUAGAAAAGUCUUCUGGUGUUAAAGAGGACGUUUCAGAAGAGAUGAAGAAAACGGAAGAAAUUGCGAAAGUAGUUGUAGGAAGUGAAGGUAAUGUUGUAGAAGAGAAACCUUCUGAUGGUAAAGAGGAAGUUUCAGAAGAGAUGAAGAAAACGGAAGAAAUUUCGAAGGUAGUUGUAGAGAGUGUUGUGGAGGUAAAGAAAGAUGAAAUUGUAGAAGAGAAGUCUUUUGGUGUUAAAGAGGAAGUUUCAGAAGAAAUGAAGAAAACAGAAGAAAUUGCGAAAGUAAUUGUAGGAAGUGAGGGUAAUGUUGCAGAAGAGAAGUCUUCUGAUAUUAAAGAGGAAGUUUCAGAAGAAAUGAAGAAAACAGAAGAAAUUGCGAAAGUAAUUGUAGGAAGUGAGGGUAAUGUUGCAGAAGAGAAAUCUUCUAAUAUUAAAAAGAAAGUUACGGAAGAAAUUGCUUCCGAUGUUAAAGAAAAACUUCUACAAAAGGAAGUUGAAAGUAAACCGACGAAAGUUAAGGGAAAAUCGGCUGACGACGAGAAACAAGCUGAAGUUUUUGUUAAAUUUGAAGAUUCUAAACCUAAAGAGAUAGAUGUUAUUUCUUGUUAUUACGCGGACUUGGUUAAACCGUACUGGUUUAAUUAUCAUCCUUACACGGAGGCUGAGAGUAAUUUCUACAAGUGUUUCAAAGUGGUGAAGGUAGUGGAAGAGAAUGCACCUCCUUGCACACCUCCAAGAGCUAAGAGCAUCGAGAGAAUCGUUCAGGAAGCGAUCAUGAGGAAGCCUAAGGAGGAAAAGCAGGAAUUGAAGGACGAAGAAACAACUGAGGUGGAGAAUAGAAAGAUGGCGCUGAUUGACGAGACUAUAAAGUAUCCUGUUAGCAUGUUCUAUGAAUUAGAAGCUCAGUGGGUGAAAUCUAAGCAGGCUGAGAAGAAAGAUGUGCCUGCUCCUUUGGAGGAAUUUGAGGAACAGGUUGAGAAAGAAGAAAAAGAACCUGUGGAAACUGUAGAGAUAGAGAAAAAAGAAAAAGAGCAACCUGUUAAAGUAGAAGAAGUUCAAAAAGAAGAAAAGAAAGUUGUGGAAUUAGCAGAGGAUCAGGCGAAAGCAGAGAUAUCUGCGAUGUUUGAAGUUGAGAAAAAGGAAAAACAACCUGUGGAAAUUGUAGAGAUAGAGGAAAAAGAAAAAGAGCAACCUGUUAAAGUAGAAGAAGUUCAAAAAGAAGAAAAGAAAGCUGAGGAAUUAGCAGAGGUUCAGGCGAAAGAAGAGAUAUCUGCGAUGUUUGAAGUUGAGAAAAAGGAAAAACAACCUGUGGAAACAGUAGACAACAUUCAAAAAGAAAUAGAGCAACCUGUUAAAGUAGAAGAAGUUCAAAAAGAAGAAAAUAAAGCUGAGGAAUUAAUGAAGGUUCAGACGAAAGAGGGACGACCUGCGAAAUUGGAAGUUCGGAAAGAAAAAGAGCAACCUUUGAAAAUAGAAGAAGUUGUAAAAGAAGAAACAGCUGAAGAAUUUUCAGAGUCUCCUCUUAUCAAAGAUGUUGCUGAAACUAUUAGAGAAAUGACUGCAAUAAUUAAUAGCACAGACGAAAUUUUGCACGCAGCAGCGUUUGUUGAUGACGAAGUAACGGAUACAGCUAAGAAAGAGAAGAAUUUAGCUGAGAAGAAAGUGGAAGAAAAGGUGAAACAGAAGGAGGAACAAGUGUCUGAUAAGAAGUCAAAGGAAAAAUCAAAAAAAGAGAAGCAACCGAAAGGUGAGAAAGCUAAAGUUAAAAUGGAAGUUCCAAUGUCGAUUAAAGAGACUGAGUUCUUCGAGAAGCAAGAUGUUAGAGUUAUUGGAGCUAAGAAUGUGCCACAGACUAUAGAACAGUUCCUUAGAGAAGAAGCUAGAGCAUCGAACAUGCAAAGUAGCGAUCAGAAGGAAGAUGAAAUGUUCGAAGAAAGUAUUCUGGCAGAGGAAACAUUCCUUGCGUUAGAACCAAGUGUUGAAGAGGAAAUGAAACCUGCAGUUGAACUUACAGAAGUACAAUCAAAGAAAAUGGAGGAAGAAAUAAUUCCAGAAACUCUAGCAGUGACUGAGCAAAAAGUUGUAGAAAAGAAACCUGGUUCUGAGAAGAAGAAGACUUCCAAGGAAACACAAGCAGAGAAAAAGAAGCAAGAAAUAGCACCAGAAACUCAGACUAUUACGGAACAAAAGGAAAAGAAACCUGUGGAGAAAGCAGCUUCUGAGAAGAAGAAAGCUUCUAAAGAAUCUAAGAAAAAAGAAGAUCUUAAGGAAGCAGCAAAAGAAGAAAAAUUGAUCAGAGAAGAACCAAUGAAACCACAAGAAUCUAUUGUUAUAGAAGAAACAACCGAGAAAUUGGCAAACAAUAAAGCAUUAGAGCAAACAAUUGAAGAGAAAGAGGCUGAAGUUAUAGAUACAAAUGCACCUCAAUCUCCAGUGAAAGAAGACAAUUCUAAAGCUGCAGAGAAUGCUAAGAAAGAAGAAACGAAAGCUCCAGCGAAACCAGGAAAGCAGAAGCAACAAAAAGAGAAGCCUGAAGCUAAAGCUAAGUCUACUCCAGAGAAAGAAGCAAAGAAACAAGAUAAGCAAGAAGUCGGUUCUCCAGAAUCAAAGAAAAAACGUGAAGGAAAAUCGAAGAAAGGACCUGAAAUCCCAACAGUGCCUCAAGAAAGCUUAACUGAAGUUCUUCCACAAGAAGCUAAGAAGGAAGAGAUUCAACUGGAAGUAAAAGAAAGUCCUAAGGAAGAAAUGAAAGAAGUUCCUAAAGAAGAAGUAAAAGAACCCUCUGAGGGAGAGAUUCAAGCACCAGUGUGCACAAAAUCAUGGGCAUCCGUUGUCAGCAUGAAAGGAACAACCGAAACGACCAAUAUUCCCGAAGAAAAUUUGCAAACCUUAAAUGUCACGUCUGAAGAAGUGAUACCUGAAGCACCGAAAGCUGAAAAACUGGAGCAGGUAGCAGAAAUUGUACCUGAAGUACCUCAGAGUCUACCAGCACAGCAGAAACCGACGAAAGAAGAAAAGAAAGAGAAAAGGAAGAAAGAUACGAAGCAAGAGAAGAGCAAUGCUGAAGCAAAAACGCCUUCUGUUGACACUAGUGACAAUGAAAAGGAAAGAACGAAGACUGCUGUUGCUGAGAAAAUUGAGGAAUCAACAGAAUUGGAUGGAAAAGAUUCUAAAUCGUACGCACAAGUGACAGCUUCCAGCAGAAGAACACCUACGCCAGGUGUUCAAGAAGAUCAGAUACUCUUCAAACCGAUUCCUCUGAAAUCUGACGAAAAUAUGGAUAAAAUGACCGAAGACAAGGAAGUGACACUCGAAGAGGCUUCGCAAAAGAGCGAAGUAAGCACAAAAGCUCCUGAAGCGAAAGAAGAAACAUCCAAACCUGAAGAAAUUGCAACAACAGACAAGAAAAUCGACGAACAAGUUGUUGAAAAGGACUCGUUCAAAGAAGAACCAAUUUCGUGGGUGGAAGAGAUCGAGCAAGAAGAAAUCGCCACGAAAUCUUCUGCGCAAACUGUCACGGAAGCUGAAGCAGCAGAGAAAACGAAAGAUUCGUGGGCUACCAUAGUUGGCAAGCACGUCGAAUCACCCGAUAGUCUUCCAUCGUCACCUGUCGAAAAGGUCGUCGUGAAAAAAGAGCAACCGAGUGAACGUUCGCCUUCGCAAGUACAGAUCGUCGUUGAAGAUGCUCCGAAACCGAUGAAAAUUGAAGAAGUGGUUCAAGUCGACGAACAAGGCUUCAUGGAGUUCGUGAAUCGAAAGGAAUUGCGCUCUAGACGAUCUAGAUCGCGAUCUAGAAGUGCUAGGCGAGACGAAGGUGCUUUGAGACAGUCGAGUGAUAAGCCUAUAAUCCCUGAAGAUAUUCUGAGCGAAGAGCAGAAGAAGGAACAUGUACAGAAAGUAGAGGAACAGAGAAAGAAGGAGACAGGUAAAGGAAAAGAAGAAAAAGAAGGUGGAAAGGAGAAAUCUAAGAAAGAGAAGGGUAAAGGAAAAGCAAGUGGUGCAGAUGCCGAUCAAGUGACGAAAGAUGAGCAAGGAAAGGGUAAAGAGAAACCUCAAAAAGAAAAGGGCAAGGUGAAAGGUGAAGAGAAAGUGGAGGAAGAGAAGGUAGAACCACAGGUUGAACAGAAAGCUCAGAAACAGCAAGAGAAGAAAGAUACUUGGAAGGGUAAGGGCAAGUCGAAGGGUAAAGACUCUGAUCUGAACCAGGAAAGUAAGAAGAAUGUUCAAGCUCCUGUAGAGAAAAUUGAAGAAAAGUCCGAAGAGGUAGAUAAGCUGAUAGAAAUGAAAAAAGAAGAGCAGGUUGCGAAGUCUGAGGCUGCAGAAGCAGAUAAAACUGUUGAGGAGGAUAAGACGAAGGCUAAAACAGCAGUACAACCGAAACAGGAAACGAAAGAGCAAUCUGCUGGUGGUUCGAAGAAGAAUAAGAAGUCGAAACGAGGAAGGUCUGAUAAGGAGCAACCUAAAGACGAAACUGUGAUACCAGAAGUUGAAGUGAAAUCGGAGAGAGAAGGUGACGUAAAACCUGCGAAAGAAUCAGAAGUUAAAGAAGUUAAGGAAGUGAAAGAAGUUCAAGAAGAGGUAAAAGCACCUGCAACACCUGAAAUCGAAAGUAAAAAGACACUUGAACCUGCCCAAGAAUUGAAACCUGAGAAGCGUAAAGGGAAGUCUAAAAAUAAGAGAGCGAAAAAUGUUGAAGAGAAGAAAAUAUCUGAACCUAAAAUUAAAGAAGAAGUACCGAUAGAAGAAGUAAAAGAAGACGCAAAGGAAAAGGACAUAAGCAAAAAGAAAGUGGAAGAAGUGGUUGAUUCCAAAUUAGAUAUCGCUGAAGAGAAGAAAGAGGCACCAGUAGUGGCAGAAGUACCUAAAAAAGAAGAGAUAAAAGAAAAACCUGGAGAAGUGUCACCCAAGACUCCAGAAUCUCCAACUGAAGAAAAAGAGAAAGCUAAAGAGGAACCGGCUGAAGCGAAAGGAAAGGCUAAGCUCUCGAAAAAGCAGAAGAGAAGGCAAAAGAAGAAAGAGCAAUCAGUUUCGCGAGCAGCCAGUGAAGAAAAAUUGAAAGACGAGAAACCAGAGACGAAAGAGGAAACAGUUACUGCUCCUACAACUCCGAAAGAAGAAAAGCCGAAAGAGAUACCUGUAGAAAUUGCUUCGCCUGAACCAACAAAAUCUGAGGAAAAAGUUGAAGAGAAGAAAGAAGUUAAAGAGGAGAAAUUAAGCACAGCCAUUGCUGAACUACUCAGUGAUGAAAUAAAGCUUGCGCCUGAAACUAUGCCUAAAGUAAUACCCAAGAAAGAGACAAAACCAUCUAAAGAUAAAGCAAUGCCACAGAUACCUGCUGAAAAGAUAGUAGAGCUACUGAAAGUAACUGAAGAAAAAGUAGAGCUACCAAAAGCAGUUGGGGAAAAGGUAGAGGUGCCAAAAGUGGUUGAACAAAAGAUAGAACCUUCGAAACCAACUGAAGAGAGAGUAGAGGUGCCAAAAGCAGUCGAAGAAAAGGCAGAACCACCGAAACCAACUGAAGAGAGAGUAGAGGUGCCAAAAGCAGUUGAAGAAAAGGCAGAACCACCGAAACCAACUGAAGAGAGAGUAGAGGUGCCAAAAGCAGUUGAAGAAAAGGCAGAACCGUCGAAACCAAUUGAAGAGAAAGUAGAGAUACCAAAAGCAGUUGAAGAAAAGGGGGAGCCAUUGAGGCCAACUGAAGAAAACGUAGAAGUACCAAAAGCAGUUGAAGAAAAGGCAGAACCACCGAAACCAACUGAAGAGAAAGUAGAGAUACCAAAAGCAGUUGAAGAAAAAGUGGAGCCAUUGAGACUAACUGAAGAAAACGUAGAAGUACCGAAAACAGUUGAAGAAAAGGCAGAACCACCGAAACCAACUGAAGAGAAAGUAGAGAUACCAAAAGCAGUUGAAGAAAAAGUGGAGCCAUUGAGACUAACUGAAGAAAACGUAGAAGUACCGAAAACAGUUGAAGAAAAGGCAGAACCACCGAAACCAACUGAAGAGAAAGUAGAGAUACCAAAAGCAGUUGAAGAAAAAGUGGAGCCAUUGAGACUAACUGAAGAAAACGUAGAAGUACCGAAAACAGUUGAAGAAAAGGCAGAACCACCGAAACCAACUGAAGAGAAAGUAGAGAUACCAAAAGCAGUUGAAGAAAAAGUGGAGCCAUUGAGACCAACUGAAGAAAACGUAGAAGUACCAAAAACAGUUGAAGAAAAGGUAGAACCACCGAAACCAACUGAAAAAAUAGUAGAGGCACCGAAACCAGCUGCAGAAGAAGAGAAGAAAAAUGAAACUAUCGUUGAAGAAAAGGUAGAAACAUCUAAACCAUCAGAAGAUAAGAUGGAGAAAGAUAUGAAACAGGAGGAAUCAACGCCUGCUUCGAAAGAAAAAUCUAAACGUAAAAAUAAACAGGCGAAGAAAGGUAAACGAGAAGAACAGGAUACACCAGUGAAAUUAGCAUCUGAAGAAAUACCUCCACCCAAAGUUGAAACAGACUCUAUUACUUUAAGCACAGACUCUUCUGCCACAGUAACUCCAGAUACUUCAAAGGAAGUAACUGAUCUAGGAAAAGAUGUGACAAUACCUGAAGAAACAGUGAAAGUAGAUACGAAACCUGAAAAGGUAGAGAUUGAAGAGAAACUGCUACCUGAGGUUAAGGAAGAAGACAAAGACGCUUCUGCAGAUGUAAUCGAACAGAAGAUUGUUUCCGAGCAAAUCGUCGUAAAAGAAGAAACACAGAAGGAACUUCUCAAAGACAACGAAAAAGUGGAAAUUCCCCAGAAAACUGAGGAACCUCCCAGCACUCCGCCUGCGAAAGAAACCCCCAAGAAAGAAGAGAAGCCCAAGGACAAGAAAGACAAACCUGAAGAAGAAAGAACCAAGAUCGAGCCAAAAGAGGUACCCAAACCCAAACCAUCGAUCAUCGAAGAGAAACCGCUGAAGAAAACGAUAGAAAUAAAAGAAGAUAAAAUCAUUCCACUCGAAUUAGUACCCGAAAAAAUCAUCAAGUCCGCCGAAGUGAUAAUAAACGGCAAACUUCAAGAAGAAAUCCUGAAAAUAGAAGAAAUAGUGAAACCGAAAGAACUGGAAGACAUCCAGCCAGAGAUCGUGAAAGAACUCGAAAGCAUAAUCCAAGACACCGACGAGAUCCCCGUAGAAACUCUUCUCGACGAAAUCGAGUCUCCCAUAACACUGGACUCUAUCCAAGCCCAACUCGAAACCGAAGAAGAAUUCGAAAAGUGUAUAUCCAGCGAACCGGAGAUAGAAACCGUAGACAUCGUGAUCGAACCGGCCAAACCAAAGGUUCAAUUCUACAUAGCCGACGAGAUCCUCGUUCUAAGUCCCGAGAAGAAGAAACCAAUUCAAACUCCUCUGAUCUUGAAAACCUUCUCGGAACUGAGCAACUCGAAAUUCCUCUCCCUAGAUAGCGGCUUCUGGCCAGACAAACAUCCCUAUCACGAAGCUGAACGCUACCUGUUCGAGAACUUAGCUAAUUACCCGAAAGACAGUCCCGCCGACGGUAUCAAUCACGAUUCGAACGAUCCGGGCAACUUCGACGGGGAUCACGAUGGUAGUAGUUUGAACGAUCGCGGUGGAAACGGCGGUCCCUUGAAUUCUUACUUCAUGGGCGGACCGCAGACGGAACGUUUGAUCGCCGAUCUUCCCGGUGGUAUAGGUAGUUGGAGCGAUUACAGUACUUACCUGUCGAGCGAAAACGAGCAGAGAACGGAUCAGUUGUCUACAGGUGUGAUUCAGGGAAAGAUCGAGGAACCUGUGUCAGAUUUAUCCUAUCCCGUCGGCGAACCUGUUUCUCAAUCGUCGUCCUCUGUUUGUGUUCUAACCGACGAGAAAUCGUCGAAAUUAGCGUUCGAGUCUGUUCCAUCGUCGUCGUCAAGCUCCGAGGCGAGAAAAUCGCGAUCCACUGUCGUCGAUGUGUCGAUUUCUGGCGAAGAAUCCUCGACGUUAGACCAAAAAUCCUCCGCUUAUUCCGAUCCACGUGAUUUCUCCUCGUUACCAGACACUCCUACCGACCACGGUCCAGAUCCUAAGGAACAUUUAGGUAUAGAAAAAGGAUCGACGAUGCAGCAGCACGCUCGAAUCGUGGAGACGGAGAGAGAGAUGGAGGUAGCUGAAGAUGAGGCUGAUAAGAGGAUACGAGGGAUCAAGGACAUCAUACAGGAACGGCUGAUGGUUCUACAGCUGAGUAUAUCGAACCUGAAAGGAACUUACUUGCCACGAGAUAGCAUAGACUCCAUGCUGUCUGCGCUCAUGAACUUACUGACGGAUCUGCGAAACUACAAGGAAGAAGCUGAUCAGAUGGAGGAAGAAUUACGUAAAAUUCCAGCGGACACAGAGGCGCAGAAGCUUCUGUCGAAUCUAGCGGAAGUUCAAACUCGCAUCUCCACCCUGUUGACGCAAGCUGAACAGGGACGUGCUACCCUGGAGGGCGCACGGAGUCAAUACGAGCAACGUGGCCACGAUAUUCACGUCUAUAAACAAUUCUUGGACGAGACUGACGCCUGGCUGAAGAACAUCGUGGCGGGCAUAAAGGAGCAAGAACCGAUUGCCACGAACAAGGCUUUGCAGGACGAGCUAAGCAGUCACGCGCAACGGGUGUCGGAGCUUGAAUCGCUGCCAGAAAUCAGCACGCUGGCAAAGGUCCUGAAGAAUGCGCUGUUGGAGGUGAUGUCGCGUCUGCAGCAAAGGCAGCAGGAGAUCUGCGACGAAGAAGCGCGAGCCGACGAAACGUCAGACCGAGAUGACGCUACCCUAGAUCAGGCACCCUCGAUUCACUCGUCCCUCGAUAGUAGUAGCAUGCCAUCUCUCGCUGACGUUUCUCUGCAAACAGGACAGAGUUUGCUGGCGAACGACGUUGUCGAGAAACCGCAACAGCUCACCAAGCAAACCUCCACCAACCAAAUCGUACCGGCUGUAUGUCACUCGUUGACUACGCAAACUACGGAUCCUACCCUCGAGACUCUUCCGACAACUCAGGAAACGAUAACAAUCGUGAAAACCACCGAAGGUGAUCACGAGGUGAUCGAGAUAGCCACGAAGAAUCUACCGACGAGUUCCACUCAGGAAGUCGUUCAAGAACGUCCAGAUGUGAUAGCGGACGACAUAGUCGUCGAUAUGAAGUACCAAGAUCCAACGAACACCGACAACACCACCAGCGAGUUGAAUAUCGUUCACGCAGCUCCGCAGUCCUUCGAAACUGUCCUCGUAGAACCUGACGACGUGACCACAGAGGUCGUCGUAGACGAAGAUGGCUCGAAGAGGAUCAUUGUGAGGAAAUUGAGACGAACCACGGUGACCAGUAGACAAACCACCCAGCAACACGUAUCCUCGAUGUCCACCGCGAUUGGAGAUGCUCCUUCUGUGGUGCAAGCCUUCUCAGAGGCUACCAUGAGGGACCAGCAGGUGACAAUGACUACCAUGAAGCCUAACGGAACCAUAGAGACCACUACCAAGCAGAUUUACGGUGGCAGAGUGGCCACAGGCACUCCUUUCAAGGAUGUGAACGUGGAGGAAUACGAAUCUGCUCCACAGUACACACACACGGUUACACAGGGGCAUAUCAGAGAUAUCAGCCCUCAGCCUCUAGAGGAGGGUAUUUUGAUGGAAGGAGGUGAGUACCAAGGGAAAACCUCGAGCGUGCACGCAGUUGUGCAGCAGGUAACUAGAAGAGUGGUCAGAAAAACUAGGAAGAUCAUUAGGAAGGUUACAAUUAUAGACGGUAAGGAGACAACUACAGAGGAGAUCAUAGAAGAGCCUGAAGAGAUAGAGAUCGACGAGAAGAACAUACCGCAUAUAAGUAUCAACGUGAUCAAGCAGGAAGAACAGCGAUACGUUGGUCCAGAUGGAAGACAGGUCGAGGAAAAGGCUGUAGAUCGUGUUACAGUCGAGGAUGUCACUGACAAAGAAUGUAAGAAGGACGAGGAGAUUGUGACUGACGAGACUCCUAUGCAGGGACCGUUCUUCGGUGCGUUUGCCAAGGACAUGCAUCCGAGUAUAGGAUUUUUGGAGCCAGAGAAAGAAGAAAUCUUACCGGAUAGCAAAAAAGUUGUAACAGAAGAAGAAAAUGUUUCUGAUGCGGAUAUUCGAGUGGAAGAGAUCGUAGAGAGUCUGGAGGAACCAGCAGAGAAGGAAGAACCUGUGCAGAGUCCGGAAGAGUCGCUGGUACCGAGUGAACUAGCAGAGGAGAGUCUGAAGCAAGAGUUCGUCGAGAAGAAGCCCGAGCAAGUGGACAAGUACGAGCACGAGCAUUUCUUGGUUGAGAGUCCAAGCGAAGAGAUCAGGAUACGCGAGACACAGGUACAGGAAGAAGUAGCGAAGUCUCCGAUUGAAUCGUUGACCGGAUCGGAGGACGUGGCAAGCGUAACUAAAGCGACCUGUAAGUCUGUCGAUGCACCAGUAACCAGCGAAACACCCAGUAUCGAGCUAGAAGGUCGCACGGUAGAUGUAGAAAAGCACCCAGACACAAUUGGCACCGUAGAUGUACUAGAGGGAAAACCUUCGAUCGAGGCGACGACGACGGAGGCGCCUGUUUCUUCGGCAAUAAUCGUACCAGCGGGAGUAGAAAAGACGGUUCAAAUUUCAGGAGAACAGCCUGUGCAAGAGGAGAAGUCUGCGACACCAUUGGAGGCGAGAAAGAAAGAAGAAACGGAAGUUCUUCCGAUUAACGUGAAGCAGCAGAUAGUGAAAGACUCGUUCAUCCCUGAGAUCGAUUAUUCGGUGGACGGUUUCAUGGACGAAGCUCUGAAACCAGAAUACAAACCAAUUUUCCACAAAGUCGAGAUAUCUCUGGCUGUGAGAAAGGAAGGUGAAGAGAUACAGCCUACAGUGUCUGUGAAGAGUCAAGCCGAACCAGAAGGAACUCCCUAUCGAAUGGUGAAAGAGGACGUAGACAUCAGGCUACCAGCAGACAAAGAGAGCAAGUCUGUGAUCCACGACAAGAUAGUCCAAACUUCUCCACAGUUGGUUGAACCGACAAUCGUCCCUCUCUACAAGUUCUCCACUUCGGAGGAAGACGUAGCUACCUCUGACGACAAGAUAGUCCAAACGUCUCCACAGUUGGUCAAACCGACAAUCGUCCCUCUCUACAAGUUCUUCACUUCGGAGAAAGACGUAGCCACCUCUGACAAGUCUGUCGUCACGUCUGAGAAAGAGGAGACUGACAAGUCCAUCUUCACUUCGGAGAAGGAAGAAACCUCUGACAAUGUGAUCACGUCAGAGAAGGAAGACGAGUGUCGCGUCGAACCUGCGGUGAAACCUGAAGUAGAAACAACCGUAGACCUGGAUAGAAAGACCGAAGAAGAGAUUGGAUCACCGAUGAAGUCUUUGGAGACGAAAUCGAGCACGUCUCUUCUAUCCAACAUUGCUGAAUCGAUGGAGAUCGACGUUCCUCUGUCAGACUCCUCGAAGAACGUCAGCGAUGCACCUCAGCCUGAUAUCACAAAGAUGCUUGAAUCCAGGGAGUUGGAAUUGUCGUUGAAGGAAGAAACAUCGGAAGGUGAGGAUGGUUACGAGGCGGAUAGAACUAUGGUGUCUACGACUACUCCUGACGGCGAUAGCGUGACGAGAACGAAGAGGAGAAAGAAGAGGAAGCAGAGGAUGCGUAGCACCAGAGACGAGGAGCAAACUGAAUUCCCGAAAACCACCACAGACGAAGGAGAGUUCACCGACGACGUGACACCGCCGGAAAGCGAGGACGCGAAGGCCACGAAGAAGAAAAAGAAGAAAAAGAAGUGGGAGGACACCGAGAAAGCAGCCGCCACGUUGAACGAGGCAGACACUCAGACUGCUCCUCGAGAAUUCCAGGUCUCCGUUGCUACGUCACCCAAGCAGGAAGAAGUGACAGAAAUUUACGUUCAAACGUCGCCACAAUUGACGGAAGAAGCUGACGUUGUAAAGAUCGAAGAAGUUCACGAAGAAGUGCAAACUUCACCGGAGAUUCCACUGGAAGAACCGGAGAGAAUUGAAACACCUAAGAUACAAGAGGUUCAUACACAGAUGCAGACGUCUCCGUUACCUGUCCUAGACUUCAGCAUGCAAACUGUUCCCGAAGAAAAGCUCGAACCUGUGAAACCGAGCAUGCAACACACCGAGAUGCAGACUUCUCCGUUGAAAGCGUUAGACUUCGGUGCUCAGACUGUCGCGGAAGAAACGCCUCGAAUAGAAGAAGUAAGCACUCAGACGUUGGAAACGCCUACUAUAAAAAUGGAAGAGUACGCUGUUCAAACUAGUCCGAUCGAAGACGUCGAACCAGCUGCUGUUCCAGCGGAAACUGAGGAGAUUCACGUUCAAACUGUAGCUACGGAAGUGAUCUCCAUGGAGGCACAAACCUCACCAACAGCACCUUCCACAGAAAUGGAGACUCAGACUGCGGAGAAGAUUGUCGUCGCCGUUGAGCAGCAGACAACUCCUCCGCCGCUCGAAGAGAAGGUUCUAAGUGGUAUAGCUGUUCAAACCAUAACCCCUGAAGUACCGAAAACAAUCGAAACAGAAGCACAAACCAGUAAACCUGUUACUCCAGAAAAGAUCACGCUGGACUUCAAUAUCCAAGCAGAUUUGACGGAACAGCCUUCCGUGGAAGUGGUGGAAACUCAGACCACUCCUGAGGAGAGUCCUCGACAAGCUGUUACUCAAGAAACAGAAUCUCAGACUAUCUCACCUGAAAAGAUCACGCUAGACUUCAAUACCCAAGCAGAUUUGACGGAACAGCCUUCCGUGGAAGUGGUGGAAACUCAGACUACUCCUGAGGAGAGUCCUCGACAAGCUGUUACUCAAGAAACAGAAUCUCAGACUAUCUCACGUGAACAAACCAGGGAAACUACGAUGCAAACCAGUCCAGUUACCAUUUCUUCCAAAGUAGAGGUCUGCGAUCUCUCUGCUCAGACUAGCCUAGAAGAAGUUAAGCAGUCUAUGGACGAGCAGUCGCAGACCAUCACUCCGGACAAAGUAGAAACGUUGGACAGCUCUGUACAGAUCAAGACGAGUGAGCUGGUUCCUCAGGUCGAAGAGAGCGUGCAAAGUAUUCCUGAAACUCGGGAGGAUGGUAUGCAGACGAUUAUCGAAUUCGAGAAACCGUCACUGGUGACGAGUUCUCAGCAAACGAAUGGAGUAGCUAAAAUUGUAGACGAGAGAAUGAGCGUAGUAGUUAAGGACGAAGAAGGGAACGUGAUAGAGGCCACGAUGGACGUGGUGGACUCGCGGAUAGACGUAGAAACUCCUCUGAAGCUUACAGAAAUUCCAGUAGCACCUGAUGUACAAGUACAAGAAACGAAGGAUUACUCGGGAACGACGAGAGGCGCGGAAGCUGAGGAGGUGUCUGGUCCAGAAGAGUGUAAAAAGGUGGAAGAAAGUUUGCAGGAAUCCUCUGAACAUGUCGAAGUUAAGUUAGAACCUGAAGAAUCAAUAGCUCCUCUGAUAGAAGAAAAAGAAGUAGACAUCGAAGUUGAGCAAGCUACGAUAGAAUUGUCUAGCGGCACAACUGACGCUGCCAGUAAAUUAACCGACACUUCUCAAGACACAACCGUCACCGAAGACUUGAGCACCACAGAAAAACUAGACGAUAGCAACGUCGGAAAGAAACAGAAGAGAAAGAGGAGACACAAGACCAUCGAAAUCAGCACGCCAGGUGAAAAGGAGCUGGAAUCCAUAUUUGGACAGCCUGUCGAGUCCCGAGACGUGUCUUUGAAGCUGUCUUACUCGGACGUGGCUAAGAAAAACGUGGGCAAAGAGAAGUCUCCCCCAGGCGACGCUGCUCACUUGGAGAGAGUCUCCGAGCAAGCAGAGAGGCUCGACGACGUCGAAGAAAGCGUGCAGACCACGCCGUUCGUCGUGGCGACGGAACCAACGGCUGUUAAAGAGACGCAGGAUGUGUGGAGCUUGAGCAAAGAGAGGGUGGACUCGUCUUUGCCUUCUCCUGAACCAAUGGACACCACAGAGGAACCUCUGUCACCUGUCGAGACAGCGAUAGUGGAGGAGGAACGACCUAAAAUCAAAACCUACGCGGACAUAAUCAGCGAAUCUUCCAAGAAAGACCAAUCUUCUUGGGAAUUGACUCACACUGUCCCACAGAAGGGUGCCAGUUCGAAGGCCUUCCUCUUAGCUGAGACUAGAGAGUUCGAGCCUCAGCAUCAGAUCACUCAGAGCAAUCAGACCACCAAAGUUAUCACCGACAGAAUGCAGUCUCUUCGAAACGUGAAACAAGCGAGUCACUUAGGAAAUAUCCUUCAUAUAGCUUACUUGGACAAAAUGGCGAACGAUGAAAAAUUGGUCGAGGAGCGUGCAGCUGAUGUGAGAAAGGAAUUGUCUCACCUGAGAGAAGCUGCUCAGGAGAAGGAUGCGAUUGCAUUGGAGGAGAGUUUAGACGUUAUCGUGGAAACGAUUUCUACCUGGUUGGAGACAAUCAAAUACAGAGUCUUGUUGAGCAAAGAGUGUCCAUCUGGCCCGUCUCACGUCGACCAGACCUACAUGGAGCUGAAGGACGAAGUGGAGAACGUCGAGGAGAAUAUACAGGAGUUGAAGAACAUCUGGAAGUUGGUGGAGACGAAUUAUCCAGCAGAGGUUCGUAACGAUUUGCAGGACCGCCUCGAUGCUCUUAUGCGUCAGGUGAAAAUGAUCGAGGACGCGACUAACGACGGCGAGAAGUACCUUACUAACGAGCUAGCCAGGUGGGACGAAUUUGUUAACGGAGUGAGCAAGAUGUACAGGUUGAUCGAAAAGGAACGCGAACUGUUGAACGACGUGGUCGAGCAGGAAGCGUCCACGAAAUGGAAGCUUCAAAUGCUCGACGAACUGGAGAACACAAAUCGUUGUCACAUGUGGAAGACAGCGUCGCUGCUCGCUACCUCGCACGAACUGUUGCGCGAUUACCCUGGAAAACACAUUCCCGAGGAAACCUACGCAGCUCACGAGACAACGAAAAUAAUCGAACACGAAAUAUGCAUCGAACGCGAACGUCUUUAUCAGCUACUAGCCCUGGCUGAGGAAUACGAACAAACCCUUCGAGAAUUUGCUAAUACCACCAAAGUUGCGGAGAACAGGCUGCAGAGUCCUAUAUCUGUGAGGGGGUUGGAAUAUCUUCAAGACGAGAUGCAGAAGCACAGGCAGUUCUUCGUGAAUCUGAAUCACUGUCGAGCGAUCCUGGAAUCGUUGGAAGGCAACUUGGACCCAGAAACGAGAACCAAGUACUCCGAUCUUCACGAAGAACUGCACAGCAGAGCUACGUCUAUGUUGGAUCAAGCUGCGUCCAGGGCUCAGCAAAUGGCGCUAGCUGCAUCUAGAUGGAUCCUCUUGGAACAAGGCAUGAAGGAGGAGAGAGGAUGGCUUCAGGUUGCUCAUCAACGAGUCCCUGAUCUACAGACGGUGACCUCGUCUGAUUACGAUCAGUACAUCUCCUUGUAUCAGUCUCUGGUAACCGACGUGGCGACGCAUCACGCCAGGCUCAUUCAGCUUCUAAACGUUGCUCAAAGCCUCCAAGAUCUGGUGAACAUCGAAGAUCCCGAGGAUUGUUACGGUGAAGCUUUAGACGUGAUCGUGAAGCUUCGAGACAACGUGGAGUCUUCUUUGAGGAGAUUGAUGGCGUUUAAAGAGAGCUGGUGUAAUCAGGAAGCUUUGAUGAAUCGAUUAGAAAACUGGAUGUCCACGGUGGAGAAGGAAUUGAGCAAACUCAGCGAUCCCUCCGGAGGUCAUAUACGACAAUUCUGGGAAUUGAAAGCACAAUACGAAGUCCACAACAACAUCCGAGAAGAAGCUAACAACAGCUUCGAACAGGCACUCAGAAUAAUUCCCUUGUCGGACGAGAUGCUGCAAAGACAGUUCCAUCGCGAGGUUCAAGAUCGCUGGGGCGACGUGACCGAACAGAUCCGCAACAUCCAGGAAGAAGUGACGAGAAGCAUCUCUUCCGACGAAAUCUCGUCGAACGAGAAGUUGAAACUGCUCGAGAGAGAAUUGAACGAACUGAGAAUGACGAUCGACGGUUUCCACGGUGUUCUGAGGACCGGAGAGGAGUUAGAUUUGUACAUCGAAAGAUUAACCGUUUUAUUUGACAGGAUCUCCCUCAUCCAGGACGAAUUAGGUCGUCUCGGAUUACUUCCGGUGGCGGAGAGCGAGAAAGUCGGCGUUUUACUGUCCGCGGCUCGUAGAAUAGAGAAUCAGAUCGGGGAGGAGUUGGACGCGGCACAGUUGCUCAGGGAAAGGCUUCAGGCGAUCCAGCGCGGCCUGAGCCGCGUUAGGAAAGCUCAUCAACGGCAAUCAGCUACGUUAGACCAGUGCGAGGGAAGCGAACGACAGGGAAGCGACGUUGUAGCAGCAGCUGUUGAACGAUGUCAAACGGUCGCUGAUGAACUGGCGAUGCUGUGGCAGGAUAUCAUGGGACUUCGACAAAUGCUGCACACUCUGCCCACCGGGAUGAGAGUUUCCGUCUCUCCGGUCAGCGUCGAACGAGACAUUUCCAAUCUUCAGGACACGCACACUAAUUUAGAGGCCAGAUGCAGUCGCCUGCUUGCCGCGCUGAACAACAGGCUAGGUUUGUGGAGACGAUUCGAGAGACAAUUGGAAAUGGUGCAGCAAUCGGUUCAGGAAGCUGACUACAUGAUGGAAUUGCUGACUGUCCAGGGAUCUGUCGAUUACGACAGACUGUUGAAAGCUACCGAAAGACUAGAGGGUCUCAGCGGUGAUUUGGGCGCGCGCGAAGUUCUCAUUGGCGAAUUGCGAGAGGCUGCCGAACCUCUGCGGGAGGGUUGCGCUGCAGAGGUCCGCGAGAAGGUCGAAGCGGCGGUAAAUGAGGCCGUACAGGCCUGGGAGGACACCAGGGCCGAAUUAGAUGCCCUUUGCACCAAGUAUCAGCACGCGUGCAGAUUGUGGGAACAGUACAAAGACUCGAGUGCCGCUGUUAAGGCCUGGGUGGACACGCAGAUGGACAGCGUCGCCAACUUACCACCUGAGGAGGCCGUCAAACACAUCAAGAUUUGCGAGGAGACGAUGGCGGAACACAAGGAGAGGUUGGCGGAACUUCGCGGCCUGGUAGCUCAGAUCGCGUCCGACGUCGGUCUGGACGCUAGCGGACCGUUGCACUGCGAGGUGGAGGCUUUAGGGCAACGGCUGGAGGACAUCCGCGAGACGCUGUCUUGUCUCGCAGACGCUGCGGACACCCGCGCCCUCAACCAGGUGCUAGCACGUGGCGAUUUAUGCCAGACGAAAAAUUUCCUGGACUCGGUCCAACAGAGCCUCACCGCGGUGAGCCAAGACGAGUCUAAGGAGCAAUUGAAGCUCCUGAGGAACCACCUUCUGGCGCUCACGUGCACCGAACCUCAGUUACAGUCGAUCAAAGAACGCAGCCUGGAGGUAGUUACGCAGGAACCGUCUGUGGUAGAGGUCCUGCAACUCUGGCAGAAGGUAUUCAGGGAAACCUUCCAGCAGUAUCACCGUUUAUCGGCUCUUCUAGUCAAAACGCAGGAUGGUGCGACCGCCUUGAAACUGUGGCAGGAGUACCUCUCGCACGUCCAAGAUUUCCUAUCGAACGACGUACCCAGCGACUACAACGGUCUGUCGGAGCACAGGAACCUCUGCGAAGUUCACAGAAAUCUCCUCACCGACCAACAGAAUCUCAUCCUCACUGUUCGCGCCGAGGAAGGAAGCAAUCUAUCCACGACCGAACAGUUCAACAUUUUAACGAAUCUCCACAAUGAAACGUUGGCUAAGAUUAUGGAGAGACACGCGGCGGUUCGAGACAGACUUGCUGCUUGGGACAGGUACAAAAUGGACCAGAGCAAGCUUCUAUCUUGGCUGAAGGAGGUAGAAAGGGAACGAGGUCAGUUGCAUCUUCGAUUCAUCCAUCUGAGGAGGUUAGAGAAAAUUCUUCAAAGGAUACAAGCGCUGUUGGACAAACUACCACAAGGCGAGGCUCAAUUAGAGUCGUUGCAGGAACAACAGGAAACCCUUCUCGUCAACUGUGACGAAGCAUUGGCCGUGUCCAUUCGCAUGGAACUCGCGGCUGAUUCUCAGAGAAUCGCCAAUAUGAGCGCUAGUUUAGAGACCUGGAGAGACUUCAUCCAGAGGAUACAGAAACUCUACGUGGAAUACGACGAGCAGACGACAUGUAUCAGCUCGACGUUCGACGAGAUCAGUCAAGCUUUCAGUAAAACGUUCCACGCCAGGCCAGCUAGCUUAUCAAGAACGAAGGAGCAACUGGAAUCUGUGCAACAACUGCAGCAUAGAUUGGCAAGUAUGAGCCCGGAUUUGGAAUCCCUCGGUGUCAUCACUGAACAGUUGAGAGAGUGUCUCAGUCCUUCGGACAUGAAAGCCUUGAAUCAACAACGUUCUCUGUUGUACCAGCAACACGGAGACCUCGAACACCAGGCUGCGUUGCUGGUGUACAGGUUAGACGAACGUUGCGGUCUUUACGAUCGUUGGAGAGAUAGACUAGGCAGGUUGAUCACCUGGAUAGAAGAGACUGAGAGUAGAAUCCAAGACUGCGACUCUACGACACCGAACGAACCCGAAGAGACACUGAAAAGACUGGAAUGCGAGUUGCAGGCAGACGUAGCGUUGAAGCAGAGAGAAUUGACGUGGAUACAGAAUACUGGACAGGAUCUGAUAGAGGUAGCCGAGGAAGAGGAGAGCGAGAGGUUGCAGCGAUCGUUGGACGAAGUGAACGAGAGGUGGGAUAGAUUGUUAGCCACUGGAAAAGCCAGAGCUAAUAAACUGGUAGAUCUGAUGAGAACCAUGAGCACACUGGAGAAGAGGAUAAACGAGCUGAGAAGCUGGCUGGCCAGCGUCGAGUCUCAGCUAUCGGAGACCUUCGUAAUCGAAACGAUCACUCAGAACUGUCUCGAGAAGAAGCUGGAGGAUCACGAGCACCUUCAGAAGACCAUCGAAGCGGAGAGUGGAAACAUCGGAGACGUGUUGAAUCUCUGCGAGAUCCUGUUGAGCGACUGUGACUCCUGGAAGGCUUCCUUCAACACGGACACCAUUAAAAACGGAAUGGAGGGGUUGGAACGCAGAUGGACGACAACUUGCGUGAAAUCCGCGGAAAGAAAGGGAAAGAUCAUCCUAGCGUGGAAGAUACUGCAAGAACUAGAGAAGAUCAGAAGUGAACACGAGGAUUGGCUGGAAGAGAUAGACAGAUCUCUGUCAGAAUUGGAGAACAGUCUAGACGAAAUUUCCAAGGACGAGUCUAAGAAGGUGAUAGAGAAAGCUAGGAGCAUAUUGGACGACAUAGAGGCGCACGAGUCGGUGAACAAGAUAAUCGAGCAGAACUUCGCUCGUCUAGCUAGAACAGGCUUGGAGCCAGAUAAUCUGAAGUCACUUAUCAGCCAGACCAGGCUUCUUAUCGAUAAGUGGCAAACGCUGAAACCUAGAGCGAACGCUGUUCUAUUAGCGUUGCAACAGGGACAGAAGAAUUAUCGCGAUUUCAUUACGGUUCACGGCGCGGCGGUCGUCGGUUUGACGCAAGUCGACGUUCGAUUGACCAGAACGCAACACCUGGCCACACCUGAGCAGAAAGCGUCUAUUCGGCGUAGAUUGCAGCAGUUGAACGAGAUCGAAGAGGAGCUAAGUGUACAGAAUAUCACGCUACAGCGUGCCGACGAGUUGGCGUUGAAGGUUAUGCAAGAAUGCCAUCCGGAUGACGUGGCGACUAUACAAGAGCUCGUGGACGAGUAUCAGUUGUUAUGGAAGGACAUCAAGAAGAGAGUGGCGUGUUUGAGGGCGGAAAUCGAGGGACAGGAGAAGCUCGAAGUUGACGAGGCUGUGCAGGUGGAGACGUUGAAGUUCGAACAGGAUUCUGCUGUUCAAGUGGACACGUUGCCGAGGCUAUUGAGGAUGACGUCCAGCGACGCGUACUUGAUGGAACUGGAAGCUGCUCUGAUCGAGUGCAACGACGCGUUGGACACACUAGAAAUAGCCGUUACCCCGGAUCCAGUUGCUGGACCUGGGUUGAACGCGACUGCUAAGAACAUCAGUAAAUUGAUAGGAAGCUGUCAGUCGUCGAUCGAAUUGGUUCGCCACUUGCACAGUUUGCUCAUGGAGGAUGGAAAGUUGAGCGCGCAGACUGCUAAAGCUAGCGAGGUAGCUGCGCUGACGAAUAGAUACGAGAACCUUCUGUUGUUAGCGAGAACGCGCGAACAACAAAUCAGGGAGCUCAGCGAUGGCGGAAGAUUGACCUGUCCGUUGUGCUCGAGACGAAACUGGGCUCAACUGGAGAGCGAUUUAUGGCGGCUGGAGAAAUGGUUGGAAUUCGCCGAGGGUACACAAAGUGAACAACACUCGCCACCUAGUAAUAUAGAACAGUUAGAAGAUGUGAUACAGGAUCACAGGGAAUUUUUACUCGAUCUCGACAGUCACAAAAGCAUAUUGGUCAGUUUGAACACCGUCGGUGCUCAUUUGGCCGAUCACAACGAAGAUCUUUGCCGAGCCUCUCAACUUAGAGAUAGAUUAACCAUCGCGAACACCAGAUGGGACAAAGUGUGCACUCUUGCUGCACACUGGCAGGAACAGUUGCAAGUUUCACUGAUGUCGAAUCAACAGUUUCAUCGUAUCAUCGAGGAGCUGCUGUCCUGGCUGGAGAAAACGGAAAUUAGCAUACGAGCCAGUGAACCGGUCGAUUUGACCGAGUCGCCGGAAAUUAUGACUGCCAAGUACAAUAAAUUCAGGGAACUGAGGAGCGACCUGGAGAGAUGCGAGCCUCGAGUUCUGUCGCUUCAGAGGUCUGCCAAUCAAUUACUGGACGAGAAAGGCGAAACCAGAGGCCGCCUGCAGGAACUGAGACUCAGGUUGCAGUCCCUUCGACGACUCACCGGAAUAUACGCGUUGAAACUCGGCUCAGCACUGGGAAUGGACCCGCGCGACGUUGGACUUGCCGCCACGACCACGUCACUCGCGUCCCUAUCUCACGAUCUGCUCGACGAAGCUGCCUCUGGAACCGUUCAACCCCACGACGCACCCGACACAGAUGGUGACGAUGGCGAACGAACGGUAUUGUCUCGGGGAUACCGUUUCCUGGGCCGUGUCCUGCGCAUCUCGUUGCCUAUCCAGGCGUUGAUGUUACUGGUCCUCGGCGUCGCCUCACUGGUACCAUCCGCCGAAGAAGACUACAGCUGCAUGCUGUCGAACAAUCUCGCCAGAAGUUUCACACCAAUGGUCGUCUAUCCGAACGGUCCGCCGCCGAUCUAACAAUAAAGAAGCCUAAUCUCGGACGCGCCGGUUUCGACUACGCGAGCCCUCGGAGAACGUUCUAUCGCAACAUCCAGAGGAGUCGCGCUAGACGGAAACGCGAGAUCGCUCAAGAUCUGCGCGCCUAUUUCUUAACUAGUCUGUCGUACGGCGAUCAAUUGAUUCCAUCGAGCGAUCGAUAAAAAAGCAAAAGAAACAAACCAGGAGAUCCGUGUUUAUUUUUUCCUUCUUACGAAUCUUCCACGACCAAUAACGAUAAUCGCGCAGAGAAUCGAACCCGUGUGAAGAGAGGUUCGAUUUUCUUCGCGAUUAAACAGAGAUAAAGAAGAGAGAGAGAGAUACACUCUACUAUAGACGACGAUUUUUUCACGUGUGAUAAGGAUACGUUUGUACUCGUGCAAUAAAUGGUGCACGCGUUCACGG